AUGUAUAUCUCUGAUGAAUUGAUUACCGUGUCCUUGGUAGAGUUCAGUUCAGUGCGGCUGUAGCUAUGGCCAGAUAAUGGUUGUUACAACUGGGAGCAUUUAAAUAGUACUCAUUUUUAAUUUUUAAAGGGUUUUAUCUGUUAAUAACGGUCAGAAGUGGUGGAAAUAAGGUGUUGGAAUUAUCAGAAAGUGGGUAAAAUAAAGAACCCAAAAUGACGAACAUCGAGACAGAAAACCUGACUGAGUACAUCCUCGUGGAGUACAGGUGGGUGGUAGUGAUGGCAUUCCUGUUGCCUCUCUCGUUCCUCUGGAAGGUGUGGUCUUGUGUCCGCAACUACGUCGUGUUCACGCUCAGCAGCGCGCCCAAGAUGCACCAUAAGAAGGUCAAGGAUGUACAGAAUCAGGUGAAAGAGUGGAUAAAAGCCGGCCGUACAACCAAGCUGUGUACCGCGCGGCCGACGUGGCAGACCAUGUCCUUCAGACACGGCGUCUACAAGAAGACCUUCACGAACAUCAAGGUCAACCUCGUGGAUGUCCUCGAGAUCGAUACUAAGAAUAUGACAGUCCGCUGCGAGCCCCUGGUGACAAUGGGUCAACUCUCCCGCACCCUGGAGCCACUAGGCCUCGCUUUAGCCGUAGUCCCUGAAUUGGACCAGCUGACAGUGGGCGGACUGGUCAUGGGAACCGGGAUAGAAACCUCGUCCCACGUGCACGGACUCUUCCAGCACAUCUGCACGCAGUACGAGUUGGUCUUGGCUGAUGGUUCCGUCGUCACUUGCAGCAAGGAUGAGAACCCUGAUCUCUUCUACGCAGUGCCAUGGUCUUACGGUACUCUUGGAUUCCUGACUUCUGCCGUUAUCAAAGUUGUGCCUGCUAAGAAGUUCGUACGUCUGGAGUAUCAUCCGUACUCUAACCUUCGGGACCUGGCCGCUCGCUUCAGUGAGGAAUCGCUGAAGAAGGCCCCUCAUCAGUUCGUUGAAGCGCUGCUCUACACCAAGGAUACAGGCGUCGUGAUGGUCGGAGAUAUGGUAGAUGAAGUCGGCAGCGAUGGCCGGUUGAAUCAAAUCGGCAAGUGGUACGCCCGGUGGUUCUUCACUCAAGUCCGCGACCACAUGGAGGCGGGCAGGGCCACCGGACGGGCGCUCGUCGAGUACAUCCCUCUCAGGGACUACUAUCAUAGACACACGAGAAGUCUCUUCUGGGAGUUACAGGACAUAAUAUCCUUCGGAAACAACUUCAUCUUCCGCCUCCUGUUCGGGUGGCUCAUGCCUCCGGAGGUCUCCCUGCUGAAGCUCACGCAGCCUGAAGCCGUGACCAAGUUGUACGAGAGAGCCCACGUCAUUCAAGACAUGCUGGUGCCCAUGGACCGGCUGGAAGCCGCUGUCGAGCUCUUCCAUGAGGAAUUCCAGGUAUACCCAAUAUGGCUGUGUCCCUUCAAGCUGUUCAACCAGCCAGGACAGCUGAAGGUUACAGCUGGUGACUGGCAGAUGUUUGUGGACAUAGGUGUCUAUGGCGUGCCCAAAGCUAAAGGAUUUAAGACUGAAUCUUCAACCCGUCGCGUUGAAGACUUCGUCUCCAAGAACGACGGCUUCCAGAUGCUGUAUGCUGACACCUACACGACCAAGGAAGAGUUCCGGAGAAUGUUCGACCACACACUCUAUGAUAAAGUGAGGGAAUCCCUCACUUAUUGCAAAGAAGCUUUCCCCGAGAUAUAUGGAAAAGUUAACAGGGAUGUUAGGAAGUAGGUUUCCUAUGUUUUCCCAUAUUUUUUUAUGUUUCUAAUAAACGGUUUAAGUGAAAU